CCAAAGGGUAUAUAUAAACUGAGUGAAAAAUAAUCAAUUUCUUUUGUUGCUUGAUGACAAACGGAAAGGAUAAAAAGACUAGAGCGUUCGGGAGAUAUCUUUUUAAUUUAUGGUCUUCUGUUAGCUGAAGGAAUUAAUAUGCUCAGCCAAGAUUAAUUCAAAUUUUCUUUAUGACAGGUAUUGAUUGGUUGAAAAAUAAUACAAAAAAUUGAUAUCGCCUCGCGUUUCAUCCCUCGUUUGGACUGAUCAACAGCAGAACGAACAAGAAACCUAGCAUUGGGAUUUUCCUCCCGAUUACCAUACCAUCAUUGAUGUGCAGAAAUCGUGGACGUUUGGCGAGGAAACAGAUAUUUACACUUCCAGAGGAUAAAUCCGUAUAUGAAGAGAAAUCGAUACUUAAGUUCAUAUUUUCAUUUAGAAUAAACCGAAUUCCAACAAAGUUCCGAUCCUUACAGGUGAAGAUCAAGUGAGGACCUUAACACGGUGUUAUAUAUUAAUAUUAUAUUUUUAAUAAUCACAUAAAGAGGGACGGUGGUGUAUUAAGUGGGAACUUUAUCAGAGCUUAAAUCAGCAGUUUUUGGGUGCCUACAGAAGUGACAGAAUGACGUUAGACAAUACGGCUCGGUUAUUGAUGAGUAUCGGAGGACUCCCAGUCAGCGCACCCCCAAUUAAUAAUGCCUGUUUACCGAAUAAGUAUGACAGACUGGACGCAGAAGCACGCAAAAAGACCAAAGUUAUAAAUGGGCUCCUGGACUAUAGACUCAAAGUGCAAGUUCGAACGUUGGAAAAAUACAAACGUGAUGCUGACAAACUCCUAAAAAAGGAGAAAGCUAAAAUACAGCAUGAACUGAAAUCCUUUAACAAAAAAUUACCGCACAUGGAUGAUUUGCCAUAUUUGAGGCUCCGGCUCCCCAUGAAGACCUCGGAGGAGAAUUCUUUUAAAACACAUGUGACGCAGCCUAAACCCCUUAAAGGAAUUCUUAGUGAGAUGGAGGAUAAACCUUUCUGUGAUAGAUUUUUCCACCAUCAUGUUCCCGGUGUGCCGAGAAUUGAAAAACAGAAACCCUUCUACACAACGUCCCUACAGUCUGUUAAUGCCGAAAGUGAGAACGAUUCAGUGUUGAAUAGAAGAAAGAGCAAUCUUUUAAUAUCAAAGCGGCUCAGCAUGAGCGAGACCUGCUUAUCCGCUCGAGCCGAUUUUGAGCGGUCUUUUGUUCUCAGCAAAGAGCCAACUGUGUUCCCUGAGGAUGAUGCCAUGACGAUUUAAUUCUUUUUCCCAAAAUACAAAUCCCAUGUUAUCUUUUUAUGAUAUUAUUAAAAAUUAUCCUUCUUAUAUUUGAAAGAAGGGAUACAAGUAUAUUUUCUUUGAUGGAUUUCUUCCAUUGUAAAUUUAAGAAGAUUUUUUUUCUUUUUUUC